GUUUAAAUCCAAGAUGGCGUCGACAAAACGAGUGCUUUAUGUUGGUGGUUUGACUGAAGAGGUCGAUGAAAAAGUUCUUCACGCGGCAUUCAUUCCGUUUGGGGAUAUCACCGACAUCCAGAUUCCGUUAGACUAUGAAACAGAGAAACACAGAGGGUUCGCCUUCCUUGAAUUUGAAUUGGCAGAAGAUGCUGCUGCCGCUAUUGAUAACAUGAAUGAGUCUGAGCUCUUUGGCAGAACCAUCAGGGUGAACAUAGCCAAACCCAUGAGGAUCAAGGAAGGCUCCUCUCGUCCAGUAUGGUCGGAUGAUGACUGGUUGAAGAAGUUUUCUGGGAAGACCACAGAAGAAGCUGAGGUAGAAGAGUCUGCUGGGGAGUCUGUAAACAGUAAAACACAGGAGGGUGAACCCCCAGCUAAGAAGGGCAGAGUCAACCCCCAGGUCUACAUGGACAUCAAGAUUGGCAACAAGCCGGCUGGGAGGCUGCGGUUCCUUCUCCGAGCUGACAUUGUUCCCAUGACAGCGGAGAACUUCCGCUGUCUUUGCACUCAUGAGAAAGGCUUUGGCUUCAAGGGAAGUUGCUUUCACCGCAUCAUCCCCCAGUUCAUGUGCCAGGGAGGGGACUUCACCAACCACAAUGGCACUGGGGGCAAGUCCAUCUAUGGGCGCAAGUUUGAUGACGAGAACUUUGUCCUUAAACACACUGCUCCAGCACAACUAUCCAUGGCUAACUCUGGACCAAACAGCAAUGGCUCCCAGUUCUUCAUCACCUGUGACAAGACAGACUGGUUGGACGGCAAGCAUGUGGUGUUUGGGGAGUUGAUGGAGGGCAUGGAUGUGGUCCGUGCCAUGGAGGCCGAAGGGACAAAAGAAGGCAAGCCAAAGCAGAAAGUGAUCAUCUCGGACUGUGGGGAAUAUGUGUAAAUGAAAAUACGUGUGUGUGCGUGUGGUACAUGUGGAAAGAUGCGUUAGACUGUUCACAUCAGAUGGCUGAGUGAUACCAGUGUUCAGAUUAAUACUAUUACAGUAAUACUUUAUUGUCCAAGUUUUUCUAGACCAACCCUUUGUAUUGUAAAUACUGCAAUAAACACUUUUAUAAUAAA